AUGAUGAGAACCAUAACCGGUUUCAGCUUCUUCUCAAAAAUAACUUACUCCAAAAAGAAACCUAAUCCAUCAAUACCUAAGAAAGGUUUCGACUCAUCAGAGAUCGACCGUACCAUCGAUAAUGCAGCAGAGAUCAUCGAGAAAUGGAACACAGAGUACGUCACCACAACGAAAUUCUAUUCUCUGUUUUGUGAGAGCAAGAAAGAAGCCAAGAAGUUCUUGAAAGGCGUCAAGGAUAUACAGAAUGCCAUGGAUUCGUUGAUUAAAGAAGAUCCACACUCUGAGAAUCUCCUCAGAGCGCAGAAGCUAAUGCAGAUCGCUAUGAAACGUCUCCAGAGCGAGUUUUACCAGAUUCUUUCAAUGAACCGUGCGCAUCUAGAUCCUGAAACCGUCUCUACCUACGGUGAGGACGUUAGGCACGAGUAUCGUCUUGUUGGUGACUCAAUCUUUGACGUUGAAGAGGUCUCCAAGAACUCUAUGAAGGAGCUCAAGUCCAUCGCUGAGUGCAUGAUCGCAGCUGGUUACGCGAAAGAGUGUGCGAGUACUUAUAAAUCGUUUAGAAAAUCGAUAGUAGACGAAGGGAUUUAUCGUCUCGGAGUUGAGAAGAUAAGCUCUUCCAAGGUUAAGAAGAUGCCUUGUGAGGUUGUUGAGAUGAAGAUGAGGACAUGGAUUGAUGCGGUUAAUGUCGCGAUGAAGACACUCUUCACCGGAGAGAAAACAUUAUGUGAUGAUGUCUUUGAAGGCUCUGUUUCUCUCAGAGAGUCAUGUUUCCGUGACAUAUCUAAAGAAGGAGCUCUGCUUCUGUUAGGGUUACCUGAAAGUCUUGCCGUGAGAGACAAGAAAUCUCCAAACCCUAAAAAGAUUUUUAGUUUACUUGAUAUGUACGUCACCAUCACCGAUAAUUUACCGGCGAUUGAGUCCAUCUUCUCGUUCCAAUCGGUCUCCGCGGUUCGGUCUCAAGCUCUCAACUCGCUUAACCGACUCAGUGAGUCUAUUCUCUCUCACCUGGUGGACUUUGAGUCCGAGAUAAGGAAAGACUCGUCGAAGACGGUGGUCCCUGGCGGAGAUGUGCAUCCGAUGACCAUCUCCGCCAUGGACCACCUCAUUCGCCUCGCCGAGUACAAUGGUUCUCUCGUGAACAUACUCAAAGGAUCAUCUUCUUCCGCUAAAGCAUUGCUUCCUAAGUCUUACUUCAACGUCACGCAUGAAUCAGAGGGAUCUGAGGUGAGAGUGCGAUUCGCGUGGAUGAUCCUCGUCCUCCUCUGCAAGAUCGACGGCAAAGCUGAGAUGUACAAGGACUUCUCCGUGCAGUAUCUCUUCUUAGCCAACAACCUCCACCACGUGGCGUCACGCGCACGUUCCUCCACGGGCCUUAAGCAUCUCCUCGGGGAUGAGUGGAUCGCGAGACAUUUCGAGAAAGUCAGACAGUUCGCGAGAAGCUACGAGAGGCUCGCGUGGGAGCCGCUCGCGUCGAUGUGUCCCGGGGAGAAGGUGGAGAUGUCUCCGGAGGAAGCGAAGAGGCAGCUCGAGAUGUUUAGUGAAUGUUUCGAGAACACGUGCGAGUCGCAGAGCACGUGCGUCGUAUCUGAUCAGAAACUGUUGGAGGAGAUGAGAAGUUCCAUCGUGGGGAAGCUGUUGCCGGUUUAUCGUGAUUUUUACAACGCUCAUGUAAAUUCUGUUAUGUUGGCGGGAAUGGAAGGUGGGUGGAAUGUCAGGUAUACCCCUGAAGAUGUGGGAAAGUACUUGUCGGAGUUGUUUAAUGGGAAAGAUGUUUUGGAGAAGUCAUGUGUGUUUCGGACAUCUUUUGGUCUUGUUACAAGUCCUAGCGCUUCUCGACGGAAGAGGCGAUCUUUGUCAUGCAGGAGAUUUUGA